GAAGCAGUUAUUAUCCGUCACAGCCAAAGAUUAUCCUGGGAGUUAACGAGUACGGACACGGGACACUCUGGCCGCCUCGACAUGCCAACCAACUCGGCAACUCCCAACCGAUUGCCACGGGGACGCCCAACGGGCACGUCUCCUACGACAACGCGGCGCGGCCCUGUCCACCUUCCCCUCCCGCCUCCGCACUUGUCCCCGAACCCUAGCGCUGCCGCCAUCUCAUUACAGCGAAACCCUACGACCUUGAUUGCUCUGCUGCAGCCUGCAGCUUCCUUCUGCUGCGAUGGAGGAAGGCGGAUUUGAUUUUUGGAAUAUUCCGCGCGGCCCGGAGGCGGCGGUCGGAUCGCCCCUGCCGCCACCGAGCAGCGGCUGCUGGGCGGGGAUCAACGACCAAUGCCCGGCGGCCUCCCCGCCCCUGAUCAGCGCCGAUGGAAGCUGCUGGCCGCUGGACCUAUCGAUGCUUGGCGGCGACGACAUGUUGACCACGGGGGUCAGAGGACCAUUGGCGCUCGAAGCCGAGGAACGGAGGUUGUGCGGCCACCAGUGGAUCCACGGCGACGGCGGCCUCCCCGACCAGGCUGGGGGUCGGCGGCUGCUGGACGUCAUCGACUCGCCGUGGACGAGCCAAGCACCUCUCGACUCGGGGUCGGGGGCCACGAAUCAACUCCAAGCGGGCGCUCACCACCGCUGGGGAAUGGACUGUUCGCUGCCGGUGCCGGUAACCCCGCCCGCCGGGACGAACGCCUUGUUGGUGGGAGCCCCGGCCACCGGGCCAAGCCAAGCGCCUCCGGAGCCUGCUGCGGCGUUGCGCGAGCACGGGAUGGUGGACAUGAUGAAAAAGGUGGCCGAAAUGGUCCGUACUGCGGAAGAGUUCGCCAAGGACGAAGCCGCGAGCAGAGUGUGGUCCGAGGAGGAGCACAGAGAGCUGCUCUACCGCCUUCAAUGGUAUGCCAAGCAUGACAGUGCCACCAUGUGUAUCAACAUCGCAUUCCAUCUGCCCAACAAGACUGCAAAGGAUGUCGCCCUGCGAUGGCGGUGGUUGCAGAACAAGGAAAAAAUUGCCAAGAAUAAUGCAGAGUUGGUAGAGAAAGAUUCUUCUGGGGUAAAGGUUAAGAAGGGGCAGGGAACUAAGGGCGCUAAUAAAAAUAACAACAUGUAUCCCCUUUCCAAAGAGGCUCUAGAUUCCAAGAGUACUAGAGAGCUUCUCCGGGAUAGUCAUAUUUUUAUGCAACAAAUAGAAGAGAACAUAAAAGCAGGAGAGUUGGGCAACGAUACUGCAGACUACUUUCACUACGUGAAAACUAACAUGGAUGCUAUAGUAACGAGAGAGAAGGAAUUUUGUAGAAUCAGCAUCCCCAUGCCUCCCAUAGAUGAGCAAGGCCUAGAGAAAAUCCGACAGCAGUCUCGUCACAGUUCAUCGAAAAACCAGGUCGGCAAAAAGGGUGCAUGAUGGCUGGAGGGCACCGCACAAAGGUGGAGAGAAGAAGAAACAGGCCACCGUUGGAAUUCUGAAAGAUGAAAAUGUUCGCAUUGCAUUGAGCUGUUCUCUUGCCUCCUUUAUUUGCACUCUAUCACAAGAGCGUUAGGUUUAAGCAUGACUGAAAGUCAGCCCAGCCAUGCUUUGUUUCGUGCUAAUACUCCCUCUGUUUUUAUUUACAUGCCGUAUUAGGGUUGUUCUAAGUCAAAUUUGGUCAACGUUGACUAAAUUUAUAGAAAAAAUAAUAAUAUUUAUAAUACCAAAUUUGUUUCAUUGAA